AUGUCCUUCAACGCGAAGAAUCUCGCCUAUGCGAAGAAAGAUGACGUCGACGAUGACGAGCCCACAUAUGUUGAUGAAGGAAGUAACGAGGUGAUAUCAAAGGAAGAAUAUGAGGCACUAUUGCGCGGUGACGGAAAACAACAGGACUCAUCUGAACAACAUUCGGGAGAUCAGGGCCAGGCUACAUCUAGUGAUCAUGCGUCUAGACACGACACUGAAAAACCAGACGUCGAGGGGGCGUCCUCAAAGCAGAAUUUGGCUGGAAUAGGAGGUCCAAAGAAGCGAAAACAGGCGAAAGUCGUUGCAGAUGAUAGUGUUGAAGCCGAGAAUGACACGCCGCAAGAGAACACCGGGCCUCAGAAAGCAAAGCAGAAACAAAAGAAGAAGAAGAUCAAGCUAUCCUUUGAUGAAUGA